AUGGUGACUGCAAAGAGAGGUUGGAAAGAAGGGUGUAGGCCUAUAAUCGGUGUAGAUGGCUGCUUCCUUAAGGGCCCAUUCAAAGGCAUACUUUUAUCUGUUGUUGGGAGAGAUGUCAAUGAUCAGAUGUACCCUAUCGCUUGGGCUGUUGUCGAGGGUGAAAGCACAGAUUCUUGGUCUUGGUUUCUAAAUAUAGUGGUAGCAUACUUGGGAUUGGAUUAUGGAUUUGGCUACACCAUCAUCAGUGACCAACACAAGGGUAUUGAGAUUGUUGUAAAUGAUGUUCUACCACGAGUAGAACAUUGGAAUUGUGCUCGACACGUGUUUGCCAAUUGGACUGGAAGGAAGAGAGCAAAAUCAUAUCAGUUUGCCUUUUGGAAAAUUGUGAAGUCCAUGACUGAGAGAGAAUGGGAGAAGAACAAAUAUGUAUUAUCAAAUAUUGAUAGCGUACUUGCUGCUGAAUUGUUUAGCAAAAAAGAGAAAAUGUGGACCAAGGUCUUUCAAAUGAUGCAUUCCAAGUCAGAUAUAGUGGACAAUAAUUUGUGUGAGGCUUUUAAUUCGAGUAUUGUAGAUGCAAGGUACAAGAGCAUCAUUACAAUGCUUGAAGAGAUUCGAAUCAAUAUAAUGACAAUAAUAAUUGAAAAACAAAGAUUCCUCACUACAUGGAAGUACAAUUUUGGGCCACUAAUCAAGAAAAAAAUUUGA